AUGGCAGAGGACGGGCUCCUUUUCCGGGGACUUGCCCGGGUCUAUGGUCACACAAAAAUCCCCGUCGUGGCCAUCAUGUCUUCUGGAAGCCUUGCAGGAUCAUGGCAUUACUCUUUGAGUUCAGCCACAUUGCAAACCUCAUGGCAGUUGCGUCCCUGCUUGCUUACUCCCAUGGUGUCCUUCUCGGUCCUUGUUCUCAGGUAUCAGCCAGGUCAGAAUUUAAGUAAGAGUGAGAAAACGGAAGAAGAAACUGAGAUGGAGCUUGUACCUGUAGGAAGUCCUUUGGACUCUGUACCUGAAGCAGGAACCUCAAACAUUCUAAAGAGCCUGUGGUUCCCUACCAGCACCACCCCCACCCGGAAAUCUGGCCAGAUUGUCUAUGGAUGUGCCUUCCUGCUUGUUCUCCUGCUGAGCAUCCUGAGCCUGGUCCUGGCCCAGUGGCCCAGACGUGUGUUCUCUGGAGACCCCGCGCUCACAACAGUGGCUGUGCUGCUGCUGCUGCUCAUCACUGGGGUGACGGCCAUCAUCUGGAGGCAGCCCCAGAGCCCCAGACCUCUUACAUUCAGGGUCCCUGCUCUGCCUGUCCUCCCGCUGGUCAGCAUCUUCGUGAACCUUUACUUGAUGAUGCAGAUGACCUCUGGGGCCUGGAUCCUCUUUGGCAUCUGGAAUGCCAUUGGAUUUGCCAUAUACUUUGGAUAUGGGGUCCGACACAGCUUGGAGGAGAACAAUGAGCCACCAGCCUCCACCUCCCAGACUCCGGACUAAAACACCCCUAGUGAUGAAGCAUCUUAGCCAAAGGAAAUAGAUGCUGUGUGGACCCCUCCAUACACUGGAGGUAUCCGCUGGUUCAAGGCACACUUUGAGCCUCUAUGGACUGUGCAAGUGGAAAGCAUUUAGUGCCCUGUAUUUAUUGCCAGUGGACAAAAUGACUUUGCUAUUGUAUAAUUUUUAAGUAAACUCUCUUAAGCUUAAUAUGCAUCAGAAGAUUGCAUGCUUCAUAAGUGUGUAGUAAGAUGAAUCUUCACAAAGAAAGUAUUAUGAUGUUACUGACAACUAGAGGAAGAAAUAAAAUAUUAGCCUACAC